AAAUAGGCAUCAAGUAGGAAUUAUAUGUGCUCUUCAUAUAAGUUUCCUCUCCUAAUAAAAUUGCUGAGAAAAGGGGGGAAGAGGAGUUACAGGACUUAAGACACUUUUUAUUGGCUUCUUUUCCUACGUUCUCAUCCUAGAGAAAUCAUUUUACUCCUGCGAAAAGACUGAUUUGCUGAGGAUAAUGGUAGUUGCUGCUAAUGAUGAAAGCGAAGACGAUAUCUGCAAAGAAUCAGAUCUUCUGACGAUUCCGAGCACGCCGAAGCUGAGGGAAUACCGCGUCAGAAUUCCGACUCUCCAGGAAAGGCUGAUCGGCGAAAGCGCCCGCGAAAGAAGGCUUUUGGAUUUCCUGAAAGCCAGCCCUUCCAUGGAUUGGUUCAAGAGGCUCAAAUUCCGGUCACCGCUGAGAAUUUUCCGUCGAACGGUCGACCGCAGAGAGGAAAUCUCGAUCUCGGUCCCUUCUCCGGUCGGCAUUCGUCGACACUUCCAUAUUCACUUCAUCAGGAAGAUCAACUGGGCUUCUCUCUUCAGCUUCUGCAAGGCUUGGUUGUCGCAUCCGAUGAACACUGCUCUCCUUGUUUGGUUCCUCUGCGUCGCCGCCUCCGGGACCAUGUUGGUUCUGCUCUACCUAGGAUUGCUGAACAAGGCCUUCCCGACGAAAUCGUCGCGAAACCACUGGAUUGAGAUCAACACCCAAAUACUGAAUGCCUUGUUCACCCUCAUGAGCAUAUACCAACACCCUACUCUCUUCCACCACUUGUUUCUAGCGUGUCGGUGGCGGUCGGAGGACGUCGUACAACUUAGGAAAGUGUACUGCAAAAACGGAGCUUAUCGCCCACGCGAGUGGGCUCAUAUGAUAGUUGUUAUUCUCCUCCUUCAUACAACUUGCCUGUGCCAGUAUGCAUUGUGUGGUCUGUACUGGGGAUUCAAUAGCUCGAACCGACCCGAAUUCGCCGAGGAUCUCUUUUUUGUUUUGGGCACCGCCGCCCCCGUCUUUGCGGGAGUGUAUGCGGUUUACGGUCCUCUAGGAAGAGAAUAUAGUUCUGACUCAGAUGAGGAAUCACAAGGAAAAGCUUCUGAUUCUGAUUCUGAUCAUUCUAGGCCGUCGAAGAAGUUCAAGUUGUUCGAAAGAAGGGUUGUGGUGAGCAAACCGGAGUGGGUCGGGGGGCUUUUCGAUUGCGGUGAUGAUGCAACCGUUGGCUACCUCUCGUUCUUUUGCACCUUCUGCGUAUUCGGGUGGAACAUGGAGAGGCUCGGCUUCGGUAACAUGUAUGUUCAUAUGUUCACUUUUCUCUUACUAUGUGUUGCUCCGUUUUGGAUUUUCAACAUCUCCGCUCUCAACAUCCACAACUACGUUAUCGGCGAUAUAGUGGGCGCCGCGGGGAUAGUUUUAUGUAUCUUUGGUUUGCUCUACGGCGGAUUUUGGAGGAUUCAAAUGAGGAAGAAGUUCAAGCUCCCCGGGAACAGCUUCUGCUGUGGAUCGGCUUCUCUUACCGAUUAUAUGCAGUGGAUGUUUUGUUGGGCUUGUUCUUUAGCUCAAGAGGUGCGUACCGGGAACUUUUAUGAUGUAGAGGACGAUAGUUUCUAUCGGAAACUAGUGGACGGUGAGGGAGAGGCGUUGAACAGUUCGGAUUCGAUAAAAGAGGAAGGUAAUAACGCAAUUGAAACAAUGAAUCCACCUGUUCAACCAUUGAUGCAGUUAGAAGAUGAAGCUGUUGUUGAUAAUGAAAUUGGGCCACCUCCUUCUUGUGCUAAUGAUGUAGCGGAUAAUUCGUCGAUUUCGAUUGAAAAUGUUUGAAAGUUGAAAUUGGAGGGAUUAUAUACAAUGUGAUUACCUUUUAGUAUAUAUUUGUUUGUUUUUUUUAAAAAAAAUAUGUACACAAAGGGUACUAAUUCCCUAAUUAAUCAAAGGCAAAAGAUGAUUUGUAAAUGAAUAUCGAGUAGUUCGAGAUUGAGAAAUUCAAUUCUCUUUGCA